AUGCUUGACCUUCGAAUGAGACCUAGAAGGGUAGCUGGGACACCUUCUGCUCCAUGGAAGGUCAAUAGGUCUAUGCGCACUCCUGUGCCAAAACCCAUGGCUGGAAACAGCCAGCUCAGCUCCUGUCAGGCUGAGCCGUUAGAUGCACCCUUGGCAUCUAAUUCCAGUCCUAAUCAGGCUGGAGCCACACCACACCUCUCUGCAUGUGGUGAGGUCGAUACCCAGGCAGAAGGACCAUCCCUUACACCUGGGGAUGACCCCAAAGAGGUGUUGACAGGAGGUGAUCCUGUCCCAGAUGUGUUGGGUCAGCAGGCGCCAGAUCCAGUGCUGCCUAUAGACAAGCCACCCAAUGCAAACACAAAAGAUGUGCCAGAACCAGGCACAUCGACCUUGCCCCCUCCAGACCCUGGAGACCCUCCAGGCCCAUCUGCAGGGCCUGAUCCCAUAGUCAUUGAGGCUACAAACAAAAGAGUGCCUCUAGGCGCCCCAAUUGCUCCAGAACCACCCCCUCCUGAUGGAGAGGGUAUCCAACCUGAUCCUCCCAUUGCAGCUAAUGCACUCGGGACUGCCGCUCCCCCAUCCCCCACUUGA